GGCAAAGAAGCACACUUGAAUCCACGGUAAAGUGUCUUUCGGCUAGAGAGGUUAGUGGAGGUAGAUGUUUUAUCGACUCUUCCAUCGUGUUGUGUGAGCUAAUCAUCAGCAUGUGUUUAGCGUUAGGCGUGCUUCUUGAUUGGAAGCGUGUGACUCCCGUCGAGCACAUCGCAGGGAAAACCAGGAAAAUGCCAUCCUUUAUGUGUUUGUGUGUUGAUGUCGAGCAGAGGACUUCAACAUGUUCCCAAACGUUCCUGUGUAUUCUGACGCGGGUAAAACCGCUGGAAGUCCUUCCGGGAGUCCCGGAGGUUUUCCCCAGACUCCAGCACAUAUUUUUCAGGUGCAGCUAGGCAUCAACUUGGCAGUUUUGAUGAGAAGGACCGGCGUUCUGCUGUGUGCAAUGCUGCUGCUCAACAUGUUGGCGUGCUGCAUCAUCGUUGCUCUUAGCUGGAAGAUCCGCCAGGACCAAAGUAGAUUCCUCAAGUUGGUUCCGGUUGCUUCCAGACAGUCGGGUCCAUCUUUCUGGAACUCGGAGCAGCGGCGAUUGGACUUGAGCGGGCCUCAGGACUCGUGUGAAGCAAACCGCAGAAUCGUCACGCAGCAAGUCUGGGACUACUACAUGAUGCCCAGCCGACUCCAGGACUUCCUGCUCUACAUGCACUGCAGGAAAUCUAAUGUUCUUCAGGCUCCGGGUCCAGCGUGCCAAGAACCAGAUCUUUUCCUACUGAUUGCCGUCAAGUCUCUGGUGCCACAUUUUGGGCAGCGGCAGGCUAUCCGCCAGACAUGGGGUCGCGCUGGCGUCCUGGGCAACCGCACGGUGGCUACCGUGUUCCUGCUGGGACAGACGCCAGCUGAGGACCACUACCCGGACCUGCAAGGAAUGCUCAGUCGCGAGGCUGAACUUCAUGGGGACCUUCUCCAAUGGGAGUUCAGGGACACGCCCCUCAACUUGAGCCUGAAGGAGGUGCUCUUCCUUCGCUGGUUCCACCUCAAUUGUUCACAGACUCGCUUUGUCCUCGAGGCCCACGACCACACCUUCGUCAACACGUUCAAAGUGUUGGACUUCCUGGAGACAUCAGCCCACGCAAGCAGCCGCUUCCUGUUUAGCGGUAAUGUCAUCAGCAAUGGACGGCCACACAGAGACCAAGCCCGGCUGGACUUUGUCCCACCAAGCAUAUUCACAGGAGUGUAUCCACCUUACGCCAUGUCUGGGGAGUUCCUGCUGUCGGGUGAGGUCGCGUUACGCCUUCACCAAGUUACACAAAACGUCCUCCUUUUCCCGGUCCAUGAAGUCUACAUGGGCCUGUGCCUCCGCAAGCUAGGUUUGGUCCCACAGAAACAUCCAGGGUUUGCCACACUCCCUGUACACCAGGGCCAUGACGAUGACGAGGAGAAGUGCGGCAAGGACUGGUACGUUUGCAGAAAACUGUUGCUUGUGAGCGGCUGUACACCACAGGAGAUGAUUAGGAUGUGGACCACAGUAGGGAUGCGGGACUGUCUGGCAACAGAUGCAAUGCAGGUGCAGAGUGAAAAUCCAGAAUACAGUGAUCCCUCGCUACAUAGCGCUUCAAACUUUGCGCCCUCAGUCCAUCGCGGAUUUUUUUUCAAUUAGAUAAAUUAAUGCUGUAUUUUAUAGAGCUGUCCCGAUCCGAUUAUGUAGUCUCUCACUCUU